CAGAUGACCGACAAGAUCGAGAUCGAGGUCAAAGAGCUCACCGAGGACUCGAUCACCUUUGUGCUGUCUGGCUGCGACACGUCGACAGCCAAUGCUCUUCGCCGCGUCAUGAUCGCUGAGGUGCCCACCAUGGCGAUCGACAAGGUGGAGGUGCUCGCCAACUCGACGGUGCUCCACGACGACUUUAUUUCACACCGGCUGGGGCUCGUCCCACUCUUCUCGCUGCUCGCUCGCUGGGGCGAUAAGGAACUCACAUUCCGGUUCAAUCGCGACUGCGACUGCAUGACGACGUGCCCAAAGUGCACGGCCGACUUCACGCUCGAGGUCGCGUGCAACCAGGACGAGACGCUCGAGGUGACGACCCGCGAGCUGAAGCCGGACCAGCCCCUCCGCUGCUACGCGGCAGACGGCAGGCGGCGAGAGGAUGACGGCGAUUUUGAGCCCGACGCCUCGGCAGGCGGCGAGCACAUUCUGCUCGUCAAGAUGCGCAAGGGGCAAAAGCUGCACAUCCGGGCGUCGGCGCAGCUCGGCAUCGGCAAGGAGCACGCGAAGUGGUCGCCCUGCUGCACCGCA